AUGAUGGCUUUGAAGAGCUUUUGCACCAUUUGUGAGCGGUUUGGGGCCAAGAGGUUCCCAGCAAUAGACCAUUGCCUCUCAACUUCUGAUGCUGAACCAAGGACAAAGUCAGCGUUGAUAUAUUUGUCUCCUUGGUCUCUUAAUAUAUAUGACAGCAUCAAGAUAGUGUCCCUCACAAGAUCAGGGCCAAACUUGAACUGCUUGUCGCCAUAUACCAACUUCCUGAAUAGGUCAUCUAUAACACACACGAGAGAGCAAGAUUCUUGA